AUGGCAAUGUCUCUGUCCAAGAAGAAAUCUAGACUACCCAAAAGAGCAGAAGCCAAACAACUAGGCUUGAUUGAUCUAAUCUUACCAAAAUUUCUCUUCCGAUUGCCCUUCGCACUGCUUCUCUUGAUCCUUAUCUACCUAUGGUCUUCCUCGACCACCAUUAUUUCCGGCAACAUUGUUCAUGUCUGUGUCUCUUCAAGGAAGCUCACCAACCUCUAUUGCCUCUCUGCUGGUACCCAACCCAACUUUGAACUUCCAAUUCCACUUCUGAAUGAUAGUUCCACUAACGAAGUUGCCGGUCUUGUUCAUGAAAAUCCACUGGAAAACAGCAUUGAAAAGUAUAGAGAUGAGGAGCUGAAAAAUGCUGUCAAGGUCAUAAAAGAGCAGCUGCAAGAGCAUCGAUCAUGGCAGUCGAAUAAAAAACAAGCAAGUUGUGAUGGGAGGGGCAUAUAUGUGUAUGAAUUGCCACCGAAGUUCAAUAAAGAUUUGGUGGCUCAAUGCGGUAACAUGAUUCCAUGGAUGGAUUUCUGUAAAUAUUUCAGCAAUGAGGCCUUGGGGGAGCCAAUACCGGAGAUUGGAAAAUGCUGGUACCAGACUCAUCAGUACUCAUUGGAGCCAAUCUUUCAUGCUCGGGUUUUGAAGCAUCCUUGCAGGGUGUAUAAUGAAAAUGAGGCAAAGCUGUUCUAUGUACCAUUUUAUGGUGGACUUGAUAUCCUGAGAUGGCAUUUCAAGAAUGUGUCAAAUGAAAUUAAGGACACUUCGGGAUUAGAACUUCUGAAUUGGCUUGAAUCACAGAGACACUGGAAUCGAAAUUCGGGUAAGGAUCAUGUGUUUGUUUUGGGAAAAAUUUCUUGGGAUUUCAGGAGGAAGAACAAUUCAUCGUGGGGUACUAGAUUGUUAGAGCUUGAUCAAAUGCAAAACCCAAUAAAGCUCUUGAUUGAAAGACAGCCAUGGCAUGUUAAUGACAUUGGCAUUCCACAUCCAACCCAUUUCCAUCCUCGUACAGACGAUGAUAUUGUCUCCUGGCAAUCGAAGAUAAUGGGAUCAAAUCGGAGAAACCUCGUGAGCUUUGCCGGGGCUGCUCGUCCCGAUACACCAGAGAACAUAAGGUCAUUACUUAUCAAACAGUGCACUUCAAUGGAUCACAACAACACAAAUUGCAGGUUUCUGGAUUGCAGUUUAGGUGGUUGUGAUCAACCCGAGUCUGUAAUAAACCUAUUCACAGCGUCUGAAUUCUGCCUACAGCCUCCUGGUGAUAGUCCAACGAGAAAAUCAGUAUUCGAUUCUCUCAUUUCUGGGUGCAUUCCGGUACUGUUUGAUCCUUUCACGGCUUACUAUCAAUAUCCAUGGCAUUUACCUGAGGAUCAUGAGAAAUAUUCAGUGUUUAUAGAUCAGGAAGAGGUGAGAAACAUGAAGGUGAAUGUGGUGGAGAGGCUCAUGAAGGUUCCUUUAAAGGAGAGAGAAGAUUUGAGGAGAUAUAUAGUAUAUGAGCUAUUGCCUGGGUUGGUUUAUGGAGACCCAAGUUCAGAGCUUGAUAAGUUUCAGGAUGCAUUUUCUAUUGCCAUAAACAGUUUGCUUGAAAGAGUGAGCAGAUUGGAAUGA